AAUGCCAUACGUACGAAUUUGUCUUUGCACAAAUGCUUUGUGCGUUACGAAGAUGACUUUAGCUCCUUUUGGAUGGUUGACGACAGUGAGUUUGUUAAAAGGCGCCACUUGUCGAGAGGCCGUCCGCGCAAAUAUGAGCCGUCUUCAUCGCCCAAUUCAAACUCGCAACAGUUUGGUAACACCAUUACUUCGACAGCUUCUAACGAGGCUGUUGAUGGCAGCAGUGUUCUCAACGACACAAUUGCCAACAGCCCAGAUUCAUCAACUGCUGUCGCCUCGUCCCGUCAACGAUGUGCCAGCAGUGGCAGUAACAUGUUUAAUAAAUCUGGUAAUAAAAAUAAUGGUAGUGAAAAUGAUGGCGGUAACGACGACUACGAUAUCUGCGAAGUUAGCCAAAGAAGUCCAGCCGGGUGUCAGACUCACCUUCAUAGUGAUGGUAAAGAGUACUGUAGCUCCAAGCAACGCCCCCAGCUUCACGGGUCUAUUAUUGGUAUUGCAAUCAAAACGAAUUUCAAUUCUAUCAUUGAUCACAAUCGCAUGGCUAACAGAACGAAUGUUGGUGGCGGUGUUAUGGCUACAGGAAAUAAUCCUGGCGUCGGCGGCAUUGAUGAUAUUGGCUCCGUUGGAAGCUUAGACGUUGAUAACCACCGUAAUGGCACUUUAAAUAUUGCCAACACAAGUGUCGAAACAGAGGACACGAAUGGCUACGAUUUUCACACACAGUAA